AUGAGCCUGGGUCGUGCUCGCGAAUUGCGCACGGCUUGGCCUGUUUGGUAUGGAUGUCCGCUACAACGUCGCUGGAAUAAGAUCCUGACGAAACAGACUCAUCACCGUCCGGAGAAGCAGCAAAAGAGAUCUGAAUUUGUAAAGCCAGAAGUGCUGCAUGCACACAACAUUCCACAUUAUGACCUUCGUGACCUUCCACAAGAGUUUGACUCCUUGCGCCGCGACAAGCACAGCCAGGUUCAGAAAUGGAUUGCUGCGAUAACCCAUGCCAUCGGCGACAAAUGUGUCAUUCACCCCAACAAGUUGCAAGACAAAGAUCACUUUCAAAUCAAACACCGUGGAAUGGUCUACUUUCUGUACGCCCCGUCCAAUCACAAGCAGGAUGGGCAUGAGCUCACUCCCCAGCAAAAGAAAGCUUUGCUUAAUGCCCUUGCGCACAUGGGUGUCUUCGGCCACAAAGAUGUGAAGCCGGACCCGGAUGAUGAAUGA